CGCUUCCGGCCGCUCUGGGCGUUUCGCGGGUGCGGGUAAGCUGCAGCGUUCUCGGUCUGUCUACUUCCAGGAUCGGGCGGGCUCUACCCUUUAGCUAGAAACGUCUCCCUCCUCACCCCGCCCCGCGCAGACGCACUGCUUAGUUCAUAGCUGCCGGACAAAGGGUGACGCCCGGAGUCAUGGCGGCGACGGAGCCGAGCUUGGCGGCUAGUGGGAACCCCGUGGCGGUGGUGCCGCCGGAGAAACAGGAAGGAGCCAACCCAAGCUCAAAUCCUGAGCGUAACUCUGCGGCCGCCUGGAUUCCAGAGGCCUCAGCGCCUGCCCCCGACCCCUCCAGCCCCAACGCCGCAGUCUCCGAAGCGACUCCUACGCCCCCAGCGGUGGCCUCCGCGGUCCAGGAGCUGCCCCUCGGGCCUGCACCCCUGGGCUCUCCGCCUCAGGCCGAAGACGUUCCGCGGUCCCCCCCAGGCUCCGGGGGCUCCCGGCCCGGUCCCGAGACGUUCCUUAUUACGGAGAUGCUGGUGCAGGAGCAGCUACUCGCUAUCCUGCCCGAGGCGGCACGGGCCCGGCGGCUUCGCCGCCGCACGGAUGUGCGCAUCACUGGCUAA